GAGGAUGAAAUGCCAAUAGAAUCCUGUGUCGUUGCAAAGCGAGGAUCUCAUUUCUCCCCCUGUGCCCUUCAGCCCCUUCCAGAUCCUGGGUGCCUACUCAGGUCAGAACUGGCUUGGAGGGAUCGGCAAGUCCCUUAUUCCAAGUUUACUUCUCCAUCAGAAUACUUCUCUUCCUGCUGAAGACAGAGCAGGCAUCUCAUCCUACUUGCCUUCUGGAGGAAAGGAAAGCACAGACCGAGCAAGUGGUACCAACUCCUAGAAAAAUUUCCACUUUCUCAAUGAGCUUGUGUUCGUCGUAGAACUGGGAUCCGGUUGCCUUAAUUGACCCACGGGAGCGAUGGAUUUCUCCAAACUUCCCAAGAUCGGGGAUGCGGAAAAGGAGAACGAAUUGGGGUUUGUCCAUGGUGUUUCCGGGCCUGUCGUGAUUGCCUGCAAGAUGGCCGGCGCAGCGAUGUACGAGCUGGUCCGUGUUGGCCACUUUGAAUUGGUGGGUGAGAUAAUCCGGCUGGACGGAGACCUGGCCACCAUCCAAGUGUACGAGGAGACCUCGGGGGUCUGUGUGGGGGACCCCGUGCUGCGAACGGGGAAGCCGCUCUCCGUGGUCCUGGGGCCUGGGAUCAUGGGCUCCAUCUUUGACGGGAUCCAGCGUCCUCUGAAGGACAUCACCGAGCUUACCAAGAGCAUCUACAUUCCCCGGGGGAUCAACAUCUCCGCUUUAUCCCGAGACCUGAAGUGGGACUUUAAGCCGAGUUCCAACAUCCGGGUUGGGAGCCAUUUAACUGGAGGGGACAUUUAUGGGAUGGUGCAUGAAAAUUCCCUCAUCAAGCAUCUGAUCAUGGUGCCACCCAGAAGCCGUGGCACCGUCACCCACGUUGCCCCAGCUGGGAACUACGACAUUUCGGAUGUGGUGUUGGAACUUGACUUCGAGGGCGCCAAGGAGAAAUUGACCAUGAUGCAAGUCUGGCCCGUCCGACAGAUCCGUCCGGUGUCCGAAAAGCUCCCGGCCAAUCAUCCACUGCUUACUGGCCAGAGAGUUCUGGAUGCGCUCUUUCCGUGUGUCCAAGGUGGCACCACAGCCAUCCCAGGCGCCUUUGGAUGUGGGAAGACGGUCAUCUCCCAGUCUCUGUCCAAGUACUCCAACAGUGAUGUCAUCAUCUACGUGGGCUGCGGAGAGCGUGGGAACGAGAUGUCAGAGGUGCUCAGGGACUUUCCCGAGCUCACCAUGGAAGUAGAUGGGAAGACAGAGACCAUCAUGAAGAGGACCUCGCUGGUGGCCAAUACCUCCAAUAUGCCUGUGGCUGCUCGGGAAGCCUCCAUUUACACGGGAAUCACCCUCUCUGAAUACUUCCGGGACAUGGGAUACCACGUUAGCAUGAUGGCUGAUUCAACUUCCCGCUGGGCGGAAGCCCUGCGCGAGAUUUCUGGACGUUUGGCUGAAAUGCCUGCAGACAGUGGGUACCCGGCAUAUCUGGGCGCCCGCUUGGCAUCCUUCUACGAACGGGCCGGCCGGGUCAAGUGCCUGGGCAGUCCCGAGCGAGAGGGGAGCAUCAGUAUCGUUGGAGCGGUGUCCCCUCCUGGCGGGGAUUUCUCAGAUCCGGUGACCUCUGCGACCCUGGGGAUUGUCCAGGUCUUUUGGGGCCUGGACAAGAAGCUGGCUCAGCGGAAGCAUUUCCCGUCGGUCAACUGGCUGAUCAGCUACAGCAAAUACACGCGGGCACUGGACGAGCACUACGAGCGGCUCUACCCGGAGUUCAUCUCCCUGCGGACCAAGGCCAAGGAGAUCCUGCAGGAGGAGGAGGACCUGGCUGAGAUUGUCCAGCUGGUGGGAAAGGCGUCUCUUGCUGAAAGCGACAAGAUCACCCUGGAGGUAGCCAAGCUGAUCAAAGAUGACUUUUUGCAGCAAAAUGGUUACUCUUCCUACGACAGGUUCUGCCCUUUCUACAAGACGGUGGGCAUGCUGCAGAACAUGAUAACUUUUUACGAGCUGGCUCGCCACGCUGUGGAGUCGACAGCCCAAUCGGAGCACAAGAUCACCUGGGCCAUCAUACGGGAGAACCUGGGCGACAUCAUGUACAAGCUCAGCUCCAUGAAGUUCCAGGAUCCCGGAAAGGAUGGCGAGGCCAAGAUAAAAGCCAGCUAUGCUCAGCUGAACGAGGAGAUGCAGAACGCCUUCCGUAACUUGGAGGACUAAAUCUGGAAGCUGGGAAGGAGCGAAGCCUGCAAAAAGGGUUCCCGUCAGUCAGUCCUGGUUUAGAGCUGCUUUUCCUCCGCUGGAUCUUUCAGGAGGGGGCUGACCGCCUCCUGCAACCUUUGGGAGUUUGCACACUGCUAACCAAAGUCUCCAAGGCAAAGUGCUCCAUUUUACUGAUGCAGAAUUCCAGGAUUAGCGUCUC